CUCUCCCGCGCUUUUUCCCUCGUGAGAAAUGUCAGCGAGCGAAGAAGCACAACCACCAAGCACGAACUCCGAUCCCAACGAUCAAUCGCUGAAGUUCGCCGUGGCCAUCUCUCUUCUCCGAUCGAAGGUUCUUCAAAUCCGGUCCAAUCCUUCGGAUUCCGACACGCUCCGAUGGAAACGAAAGGCCAAGGAACGAAAGCAAGAGAUACUGAGACUCAGAGAAGAUCUCACGGAAGCCGAAGAUGCUACGCAGUGCGAUCUGUUUCCGCAAACCGCUUCUUGCAAGUGCUAUUUCUUUGAUAAUUUGGGGAAAUUGAGUUCUACGCGACUUGGAGACGGCUCUGAUCGCAGAUUCAAUGAUGUUCUUCGCCGGAGAUUUCUCAGACAAGUGCGAUUCAAGGAACGGAGGAGAAAAGCAGUUGGAUCACUUCAGCGACGUCAUUCUUCAGACUCAAAUACUGAAGUUGAAACCGAGCAGCUCAGAGCCUCCGUUGAUUUUCUGGUGGAGCUUUGUGACACUGUUUCUCCGGUGGGAGAGGCUAAUUUUGCGAACUGGGCACACCAAGCUGUAGACUUUAUCUUAUCUUCCUUGAAGAAUCUAUUGUCAACUGAAAGGAACGUGGAACUCAUCGAAGGAAUCGUCAGCAGCUUAAUUAUGCAUUUGAUUAGAAGGAUGUGUUCCCCCUUUAAAGUAGAUGAAUCACUUCACAUCGACUCUGAUGCCCAGUUCUAUGUUCAGCACCUGAUCCGCAAGCUUGGAAGUGAAGCCUACAUUGGACAACGAGCAAUACUUUCAGUUUCUGAGAGAAUUUCUGUACUAGCUGAAAGUUUGCUUUUCUUAGAUCCAUUUGAUGAUUCUUUUCCCAGCACGCAUGAAUGCAUGUUCAAACUGAUCCAGCUUAUUGAGUUUCUGAUAUCAGACUACUUGCUAAUGUGGUUAAGAGGCGACGGCUUUGACAAGAUGCUGUUCGAAGAGUGGGUGGCAUCAAUUCUCCAUGUGCGGAAAGCAUUGGAACUUUUGGAAAGCAGAAAUGGGCUUUAUGUGCUUUACAUGGAUCGAGUCACAGGUGAAUUGGCUAAACAAGUAGGACAGUCUUCAUCACUCCAGAUGCUCAAACCGGAGAUUCUUGAUAAUCUGUUCCACUGACUACAUCUUUGCAUGUUACUUCUGAGAAAUGU